AUGCACCAUAUCCACACGAUAACAGGACUCGUUGAAGUACUAGGAGAGUACGAGAGACUGUUCGAUCUCACGUUCAGCGAUUUAAUGAAGGCUUUUGACUCAUUUGAGAUAGAAGCAGUCACGGAAGCAUUGGAUUAUCAGGACGCCCCUACUCAGUUCGCAAACAUUUUUCAUGAGUUAUUCAAAGAUUUCACAUCCAAAAUAUCACCGUUCCACAAUGAUAUUAAUAUCGUUAUUAAAAGAGCGGUUAGGACACCAUCUCGCCAAAAUUGCUUACCGCCACCGAUCCGAUCGUUCUUAUGA